UUUAAAAUGGGAGAAACCGUAGGAGAAGAAGACAUGACUCACAUCCAAUAUAUGGUGAAGGACUUUGCCUGCGGUACCUUCGCAGGGAUUUUCCAGACUCUGUCUGGACAUCCCUUUGAUUCCUUGAAGGUAAGGAUGCAAACCUCGAAGGUUAGAAUAUCCUUAACCCAAUGAGUCAAAGGAAUUGUGAAGAAUGAAGGUCUUAUCAGUUUUUACAGGGGACUGACGCCUCCUCUAUGCACUAUCCCAAUUGUGAAUGCUAUCGUAAUGUCCUCAUACGAGCUUUGUAAGAGAAUCCUAGGAGUAGAGAGCGAAGAUGAUUUUACCUUUCAACAAUCGCUUUAUGCAGGCAUGUUCGCUGGAUUUGUUAAUUCUUUUGUCAUUUCACCAGUGGAACUUGUGAAAUGAAGGCUACAAGUCCAGACAGAUUCGAUGAAGAGAGCAUAUUAUAAAGGGCCUAUUGACUGCUGUAUGAAAGUUGUCAGAGAAGAAGGACUAAGCGUGUUGAUGACCUCUGGUCUUAUUAGCACAAUUCUUAGAGAAACCUUCUGCUACGCUGGCCAAUUUGGUGGAUACUUCUUAUUCAAAAGAGCAUUAGCUCAGUUCCAUGGAUGCUCGCUGGAUGAGUUGGGUCACUCCUCAUACUUCCUAUCUGGUGGCGUUGGUGGACUCUGUUGCUGGCUCACAUCAUACCCUCAAGAUAUUGUAAAGACAAAGCUACAGACACAAAAAGUUGGCCAAAUCAAGUACCCAAGACAUCCUACCAUCCCUGAUGAAGGAAUCAUUUCCUGUGUAAAGGAAAUCUGGGUGAAAGAAGGCACUUAUGGUUUCUGGAAAGGAUUCACUCCUUGAGCAAUUAGAGCAUUCUGGGCUAAUGGGUUCAUGUUCUCCGCCUAUGAAUUCGCAUGUUACGAGUAUGAUAAAUUUUUUAAGGGUACAAAGGAGUAGCA